AUGGGAUUGAAAAGCGGAAAGAUUGCUUCUGGCUAUACCGGAUUAAAUAACACAAAAAAGUUGCCCGCAGGUGCGAAUAAGAAAAAGGAGGAAGAAAGCCAUUUUGUGGCGUCAAACCCAGCUAAUCCUUCUUUCGUGCGUCGCCCUUACGCUGCUGCAACUUCACAAAUCUCAGGUACUCUAAAUCAACACUUACAAGGGAAUCAAGAUUCAUAUGAAAGUCAGGGGAAAAACUAUCGUGGGAGGAAGUUCGUACAUUUCGACCCAAUCCCUAUGACCUAUGCAGAGUUAUUACCGCAUCUGGUUAGCAAUUCUAUGGUUGCACUAUGUCCCGGGAAAACUAUAGAACCACCCUACCCAAAAGGAUAUGACUCGAAUGCCGUGUGUGAUUACCACUCUGGGGCUGUAGGACACUCUACUGAAAACUGCUUAGCUUUAAAAUUUAAGGUGCGCGAUUUGCUUAAGGCUGGAUGGUUGAAUUUUAAAGAAAACGAGCCUAGCGUGAAGAAUAAUCCUCUACCAGUCCAUGGUGGGCCAAUAGUGAAUGCAAUCGAAGAAAAUCACCAAGUAAUAAGGGAGGUCGAGAAAAUUAAGGCCCCGAUGGGACUGAUUUUCUCUGAGUUAUGUAAAUUUGGGUUAAUCCAAGGAAAUGCCGAUGUGAAAGCAAGAUGCAAUUUCCACCUCAAUGAAGAUCAUUCCAUAGAAGAAUGCAACGAGUUCAAAAAAGAACUUCAAAAAUUGAUAAACAUGGGCACCAUUCAAAUAGGUCGUUGGGAAAAGGAUGACGGUAUGAUUGCAACCCAAUCAGAAGAAAAACUUGGCAUAACCAUCCCAAAGCCAUUGGUCAUUCAUUUCACUAAGGAGGAAAGUAUGAAUGCCCCCGGUGAUUUGAGGACCUUAAUAGUUCAGAUACCAAGCCCUUUUUCAUAUAAAGACAACAAAGCCAUACGUUGGAAUUAUAAUGUAGAGGUACAUCUAGCUAAACAUAAGAACAAAGAUGUUUCUAGCUCUAAAGCCACCAUUGUGACGAACGUUUCAGGAAUAGGAGGAGUGACUAGAAACGGUCGGAUAUACUCCCCGGGAAAAUCACAAAGAGAAAUGAGAGUGGUGUUUGAGAAGGCAUACACAGAUAAAGAGGAAAAGAAAGUUGAAAAGGAGAAAGUCGAAAAUGAGGUUUCUAAUGAAGAAGCUCAGGAAUUUCUCAAAAUCAUCAAACAGAGUGAAUACAAAAUAGUUGACCAACUCAACCAUAAUCCUACAAGGAUUUCAUUGUUAUCCCUAUUGAUGAAUUCUGAGUCCAACCGGAAGCUAUUGAUGAAAAUACUAAAUGAGGCUCAUGUCACUCACGACAUCACCGUUGACAAAUUUGGAGGCAUCAUAAAUAACAUCACAGCCAACAAUCACCUAACUUUCACAGAUGAUGAGCUGUCGACCGAAGGGAGAGGGCAUAAUAAAGCACUACACAUAUCAGUAAUGUGCCUCGACCAUAUAAUGUCAAGAUUCCUCAUUGACAAUGGCUCAUCACUGAAUGUCAUAUCAAAAUCAACAUUAGCAAAAUUACCUUGUGAUGGUACAUAUAUGAGAUCAAGUCCCAUGGUUGUUAGAGCUUUCGACGGAAGUCGUAGAGAAGCCAUGGAUCCAUUCUGCCGGCGUUGUGCCGUCAACCUUACACCAAAAGCUGAAGUAUAUGGCCCGGUCACAUUCGAAAUCACGUUUCACGUGAUGGAUAUUGUACCCGCUUAUAGUUGCUUAUUGGGGAGGCCAUGGAUCCAUUCUGCCGGCGUAGUGCCGUCAACCUUACACCAAAAGCUGAAGUAUAUGAUAAAUGACCAAUUGGUAAUCGUAUCAGGAGAAGGAGAUUUGUUGGUGAGUAAUUUGUCCACCACACCUUAUGUUGAGACAACAAAAGACGCUCUAGAAACUGCCUUCCAAACACUAGAAAUCGUGGACACCGCUUAUGUCGAAACGACACCUAUAGAACCACAUAUGUCCAACACUGCUAUUAUGGUGGCUAAGUUCAUGUUGAGCAGAGGACACCAUCCAUGGCACGGGUUGGGGAAGGAUGAAGAAGGGCUCAAAGAACCGGUGGAACUUCCUGAAAAUAGAGAUAAGUGGGGUUUAGGCACCAUCUUAAAGAAAGAAGUAUAUCACAAACUAAUCCAACUCUUACAUGAAUACAAAGAUGUUUUUGCCUGGUCAAAUCAGGAUAUGCCUGGAUUGGAUACUAUAAUUAAGGCGAAUGAAGCCUGA